UCAUUUUCUCUGUUGGAUGUACACAAUAACACAGCGAGUUUGGAUGCACAGAAGCAACAAAUGAAGAGUGAGAUCCAAGCACUGACAAAGUCACAGCAAAAUGAGAUCACCCAACUUAAUAAUACAAUUAACCAUUUUAAAAAUCGUGUUCAAUCCAAUGUAGCUUUUACAGCUGGAAUUUUAGGAGAGACAAACGGGCAACAUACAUAUGCAAGUGGAGAUAUUGUUAAAUUUCCAAAAUUCAUAUACCAGGUGGGAGGAGGAUACAACCCUACAACAGGAGUGUUUACUGCCCCAAAGACUGGACUCUACAUCAUAUUCUGUACUAAUGUGGCAGCACAUCAGCAAGUAUUUUAUACACAAAUAAUGAUUAAUGGAUCACCAAAGGCAGGAGUCUUGGCUUAUGUCCAUCCAACUUCUGCGUAUAUCCAUCAGUCAGCCUCAAACCUUGUUGUCCACCAGUUACAGGUUGGGGACAGAGUGUGGAUACAAGUAUAUGAUGGUGGUCAUCUGUACUCAAACAUUCCAGAUACAACAUUAUCUGUGGUAAUGAUCAAUGGAUCAGACUGAAACUAACAUGUCAUCGAUUAUUUCACUCUUAUAUGAAUCUGAACAACUUCCCACUUUCUCCAGAUAAAAAAAAUCUUACUCGAAUCAAUAAUUUUAGAAAACUAAUGAUAUAAGAAAAAUAAAGAUACAAUUAC